CAUUUUUGCAUCUCAAAACUCUCAUUUUACAAAAGAAAGAAAGAAAGAUGGGUAAUUAUCGGUUUAAGCUAUCGGAAUUAGUCCCUAACGCAUGGUUUUACAAACUGAGAGACAUGGGGAAAUCAAGAAAGAAGCAACAAAACAGCUCGGUGUCUCUUUCUCCCAUCAAGAAACACCAACCAGUUCCUACUCCUGCUCCUACCACAGCGCGCAGUCCUAGACUUCCUCCUCGCCGCUCUUCUUCUUACUAUGCAAGGCCCAGAAAGUCCGUCCGCAACCGCGCCACCACCACCGUCUCCUCUGCUCCUUCGAAGCAAGUCAUUUCCUCUGAGUCUUUCUCACCACCCGAGUUUCGCUCUGAUCAACUACUCAUCCCUGACGAGUCGUUGGAGAGCUCCUCGCACAGCCCUUGCAGCUGCGUUACCUCCAAAGCCUCAGCAACCUUUACUCCCCCUCCGGAACUCCAUCUCCAUCCCAUCAUCACCAAACCCACCACCACCGUGCGCAAAACGGCAGUGAGUUCUCCCGCGGGUGUGAAACUUAGACUGCGCUCGCCGAGGAUCUCGACGAGGAAAAUUGCGAGCAGCUCAUCGGCGACUGUGAGUUCGCGGCGGAGCAGAGCGGUAGUGAAGGCGUCGGUAGACCCGAGGAGAGACUUUAAGGAAUCGAUGGAAGAGAUGAUCGCAGAGAACAACAUAAGAGCGUCCAAGGAUCUAGAGGAGCUUCUAGCUUGCUAUCUCUGUCUCAAUUCUGACGAGUAUCACCACAUUAUCAUCAAUGUCUUCAAGCAAAUCUGGCUUGAUCUUAAUCUUUCUCCCCAUCUUUCUUUUUAAAGAAUGAUCAAAUACUAUUUAUCUUCUUUACCCAUCAGUUAGUGACCUUAAUCUAUAGUCUCUUAUAGAUAAUCUGUAACCAUAUCUAUAUAACUAUUUUUAUCAUAA